AUGUAUGUCGAAGAGCUGAUCAUCGAUGGCUUCAAGAGCUACGCUACUCGAACAGUUAUAUCUGGAUGGGACUCAGAAUUCAAUGCCAUUACUGGUCUGAACGGGUCUGGCAAAUCGAAUAUAUUAGAUGCUAUCUGCUUUGUACUGGGAAUAUCGAAUUUGUCUCAAGUGCGUGCAGCCAAUUUGCAAGAUCUGGUCUACAAGAGAGGACAGGCUGGAAUUACAAAGGCUUCUGUCACUAUUGUAUUCAAUAAUGAGGAUCGCGCAAAGAGUCCCGUUGGUUAUGAAGAUCAUAAACAAAUCACAAUCACUCGCCAGAUCGUCAUCGGUGGCAAAAACAAAUGGAUUGUCAAUGGCCACAAUGCUCAACAACAAGUGGUGGCAAACUUGUACCAAAGUGUACAACUAAAUGUCAACAAUCCACACUUUCUCAUUAUGCAAGGACGUAUUACCAAAGUAUUAAACAUGAAACCUCCUGAAGUCCUCGCCAUGAUUGAAGAAGCUUCAGGAACGAGAAUGUUUGAAGAACGUAAAGACAAGGCGAUCAAGACUAUGGCCAAAAAGGACAAGAAGCUUGAAGAAAUCAAUCAGCUGUUGGAUGAAGAAAUUGUACCAAAGCUGGACAAGUUGAGAGAAGAGAAACGAACUUAUUUGGAGUUCCAAAAGAUAAAUGUAGAGUUGGAUCAUAUUACUCGCUUGUUGGUGGCUUUCGAGUACAAACGAUGCGACGACAAAUUACAACACUCUGGACAAGAAUUGCAAGCCAAGAAGGAUCGAAUGACAGAGCUAGACAAGCUUUGUGAAACCUUGAAUGCAGAGCUUCAGGCUAUGGAAGCUCGUCAAGCAGAAAUAGCAGCAGAGUUAACAAAGAAUGGAAAGGGUAUGGCCGGUAAAGAUGAAGAGAUCAAGGAACUAUCCAAGGCGAUGGUUCGUUGCAGGACUCAGAGUGAUUUACAAGCCACCUUGAUCGCCGACGAGCAAAAGAGUCUGGCUCAGUUAAUCGAAAACAAGACUGAGAAUGAAGGAGCUUUACAGACCGCAGAGAAAAAGCAUGAAAAGAUCAAGAUGAAAUAUGAUCCUCUCAAAGCAGAUCACGAUUCCAAAGUAACUUAUCUAAAUCAACAAGAAGGCUUGCUUCAAACGUUGAUUACAGGAAUGUCUGCUGGUGGAAAGAAUGAAGCUGGCUAUGCUUUUCAACUACAAGAGUCAAAGACUGAAAUGAGUAACGCAACGUCUGAUGUUGAUCAGACUAAACUCAAGAUUGCUCAAUUGCAAAAGGAUGUCAAGGAAAUGAAACCAAAGGCUCAGAAAGCUGCAUCUGAAAACCAAAGUUUGGUCAAGUCUCUGGCCACUACAAAGGAGGCCAUUGCUACGAUUGAGGCUGAUAUUCAACGUCUCAAUGUCGAUCAUGAACGACAAGCUGUCCUCAUUCAAGACAAGAAGCAUCUUGCUGACAAGAUGUCUGGUCUCAAGGAGCAAAUCGACAGAAUUUCACAAGAAUUGUCCAACGUGAUGUUUGAGUACCAAGAUCCUACGCCAAACUUUGACCGUAAAACAGUUAAAGGUAUGGUAAUGGAGUUGAUUUCCAUAUCUGAGAAUGAUAGAGAGUGGUCGGUGGCUGUUGAAACAUGUGCCGGUGGGAAUUUGCAGAGUGUGAUUGUGGACACAGAGCACAUCGGCAAACUAAUCUUGGACCAUGGAAAGUCGAGACCAGUUACCUGUCUUCCACUCAACAAGGUGAUAGGCCGGAACCUAGACCCACAGAGACUUGCCGCUGCCAAGAAAAUCGCACCUUCAGUAAUACCAGCAAUAAAUCUCGUUCAUUUUGACGAUUACUUAGAGAAUCUCAUGCUGACGAUCUUUGGUACCACUCUUGUGUGCGAAGACAAGAAAACGGCUGAAGCUGUGACAUAUAACAAAGCUCUCAAGAUUCGAUCCGUCACAAAGGAUGGUGACACGUAUGAUCCCAGUGGAACGUUGAGUGGCGGAUCCAAAGCGGCAAACAGUGGCAUCCUCUUGAAGAUGCAAACGUUGCAGGAAUUAAAGCAGCAACAAAAAGAAUUACAAACCAAGUUGGAUGCUGUCAACAAGGACAUGGACGCGUCAACUAAGAUUGUUGCGGCUUACAACGCGUUGGUGCAAAAGAAGGCCUUGAAGUCCCAUGAGAUGACUUUGCUGGAUGAGCAAGCUUCUACCAACUCGCAUGCCCAGAUCAUCAAGCAAGUCUCUGACAUAGAAGAUCAGAUCAUUGAAAGCCAGAAAGCUUUAGAAACACAUACUGCUCGAAUAAAGACUGCAUCAGACAAAUGCAAAUUUAUCGAGAAGGAGAUGGAUGAGCUGGUCAAUAACAGAGAUGGGAAGCUCAAAGCUAUUGAGGCUGAGAUUAAGAAAGCCAAGGCUUCUAUUGCUGAAUGCGUUGGUAGUGUCAAAGCCCUGGAUUUGCAGAUUCAGGUUGCUGUCCAAGAGAUUGCUCAACUCAAGACUGAAAUCGCAACCCAGGAAGAACAAAUAACAGCAAUGAAGAAAUCAAUUCAAGAUAACACUACCAAGCACGAGACGAUGCGAGAACAACUUGCUGCUGCCAAGGCUUCCUAUGAAGAAGCAAAUGCAAAAGCCGAAGAAGAACGUAAACAUUUGGCUGAAUUUGAUACGGAAUCACGCAAGUUGGAAGCAGAUCGAAAAUCUCAUGACAAGAAAGUCAAUGCUGCCAACUUGGAACGCCAGACGCUUUCACAUGAAUUGGAUCGAGGUGUUGCUGAUCGUGAGCAUGCUUCAAGAGCUAUACAAGCCUUGUUGAAGGAGCAUACCUGGAUUCCAGAUCAUAAGCAUACAUUUGGAGAAAAAGGAACUCCUUAUGAAUUCACAGACGAAACUGUCAGUGAAGCGAAGAAGAGGAAAAAGCAACUGGAGGAUCGAAAUGAUCAUUUGAGGCAUAAUAUCAAUCCUCAGGUCAUUGACAUGCUUGAUCGAAUGGAGAAGCGAGAAACAUCAUUAAAGCAGAUGCUUGCCACCGUGAAGAAGGACAAGACCAAGAUUGAAGACACGAUAGCUUCACUAGAUGAAUAUAAACGAGAGGCAUUGCAAAAGACCUGGGAGAAAGUCAAUGGUGACUUUGGGUCUAUAUUUGGCGAAUUGCUAUCUGGCAAUUCGGCUAAAUUGGAGCCUCCUGAAGGAGCAGAUAUCACUGAUGGGCUAGAGAUCAAAGUGCGUUUGGGCACUGUUUGGAAGCAAAGUCUUACAGAGCUUUCUGGUGGUCAAAGAUCACUGAUUGCGCUAUCUCUCAUCCUAUCACUACUCCAAUUCAAGCCUGCACCAAUGUAUAUUCUCGACGAAGUCGAUGCAGCCCUCGACUUAUCACAUACUCAAAACAUUGGGCACUUGCUUCGCACUCGAUUCAAAGGCUCACAAUUCAUAGUGGUGUCUUUGAAAGAUGGCAUGUUUAACAAUGCCAACGUACUCUUCAAGGCCAAAUUCCGUGAGGGUGUCUCUACUGUGGAAAGACACGCCCAACGUAGCAGUAAUGGUGGAAGUGGUGCGGCUAGUGUUCAAAAGGCCGUACCUAUGAGCACUGGUGGCAAAAGGAAAGCUAGUGCUGUGAGGAGGGCUGAUGUUGGUGUUGUCGGUAGAACAUAG